UCCUAAGCCAGGGAUUGUGGGUUCGAGUCCCAUCUGGGGUGGUUGUGUUUUCGGUCCUCCGGGAUUUUCGGGAUGUGCCACCACGCGCGAUAUCGACGUGACUCGGAUCAGAGGUAACUGCAGUAGGACUUCGUAUUUUGGGACAGCUGCAGGAAAUUAUCAACAAAAAUGGAGCAGCGGGCCAUCGAACUGUGCAUCCUGUUGAACGCUUUGGCUGCAUCAGUGCACACUUGGCACCUCCGUGAGGCCACCGUGUACUGGGAUGCUGCCCAGAAUAGGGUUAUCCUGAAGGAGGGGGUGAAGGAGACCAAGGGCGGUGCUUAUGGUUACUUCAAUGAUACCCUGCACCUCACUGGAUGGGGCAUCUUGGAGAUCUGCGCCGGUUAUGGAGGGGUCCAACAAGAAGAUGAGACUACAUUCUUUCUGACUGGUUACCUGGAAGGCUACCUCACUGCUGGACAGAUAUUUAAUCAUUACUACAACAUGUACCCCCAGCUAAUAAAGGACGAGAAGGUUCUGGAUCCAUUGAAAAGAUUCUUAAGCAAACAGGACCAAUGGGCGAGAGAGCAAGUGAUGCUGAGGAAGAACAGUGACUCCCUGUGGAAACAUUUGGGACUGAUCCUGGCCCAAUUAGACGGUCUAAUUGCUGGAGCUGGACAGUGGGCCAAAGGAAAACACAUAGAUCCUCUGUCGACAUUUGCUGUUCAUUUUCUGAAUGGUGUCGGUGACCUCCUGGACCUUGUCCCUGCGCUGACACCUCGCCCCAACUCUACCGGCCCCGCUGCUUUCAAGAUACCGGGAAUGGGCCACUGCACGGCACUCAUAAAGGUGACAUCUGGCUUUGAGAACCUGCUGUUGGGCCACUCCAGCUGGUACAAUUAUGGGGCCACCAUGCGCAUCUAUAAACACUGGGACCUCAGGGUGUCACAUGCAGCCACUGGAACAAUGUCAUUCAGCAGCUAUCCUGGCUUCCUUACAUCACUGGAUGACUUCUACCUGCUCGGGAGCGGCCUGCUAAUGACUCAAACCUCUAUCAGUGUCUUCAACGCCUCGUUGUUUUCUCAGCUCAGCCCUUACAGCCUGUUGGCUUGGCAGAGAGUGCGCCUGGCCAACAGCUUGGCGCACAGUGGCGAGGAGUGGGCGCGCAUCUUCUCGAAAUACAACUCAGGUACGUAUAACAACCAGUACAUGGUGGUGGAUCUGGGUAAGUUUUCACCUGGACAUAGCAUCAGGACUGGAGCUUUGACUGUUGUGGAGCAGAUUCCUGGGAAAGUGAUCCACACUGACCAGACCCAAGCUUUACGUGGAGGGUACUGGCCAUCCUACAACAUUCCAUUUCAUGUUGACAUCUACAACCUGAGUGGGUACGAUGUGAUGUGGAGGAGAUACGGAGAAGACUUUUCCUAUGACCUUUGUCCCAGAGCCAAAAUCCUCCGCAGGGACCAGGCCAAGGUGUCUGACCUCAGGUCCCUCAAGCACAUCAUGAGAUACAGCAACUACAAAAGAGAUCCUUAUGCCAAAGGCCAUCCGUGCAAAACCAUUUGUUGCCGUAACGACCUGCGACCAAGGAGGCCACGCCCCGAUGGUUGUUAUGAUACUAAGGUGACUGACUACCAGAUGGCUCUCCAGCUGGUCGCAGAGGCAAUAAACGGCCCCACAACACAGGGGGGUCUGCGACCAUUCUCGUGGAACUCCUUCAACCUCACCACCCAUGAGGGUCUUCCUCACAUGUACAACUUUUCCUUUGUCACCAUGAAACACGCUCUCCAGCGGCCAUAAUCAUACCUGCCAUCACCUCUGCAAUAUUUAGUUAUAAAUACAGUACAAUGGACUAAUGUAAUCUUUUGUCAGUUUUCUGUGGUAAAAUUUGUUAAUUGGCAUUCAACAAGAAACAUGACAGAGGCUGUUUGCAGAUUGGGUUGAGCAGGUCUUUGGACACAAUGCAAAGUGUUAUUCCCCAGAGGAGGGGGGAGUGCUGACCUUUUCCUCCAGCAUCACCCGCAAAUGUUAAUGUUUAACUCUCAGUGAAACCACUUGUUUGACAUGUAGCACUGAGGGUACAUGAUACCCUGAUACCAUUGGGCCAAGGUUUUCCAUGUAUGGUUUGCCAAACAAUUGUGGUUGAAUAAUUCAUGCAUUCCACAUUAUGUAACUGAGAGUCAUAACCUUGGACUCCAAGCGAAUCUUAAAUUUGUUUCCUUUUGUAUCUAUAUGACUUCUACCUGCUAAGUGUGCAGCUAGUUUGGUCAAGUUGAUAUGGGAAAGUGACUGUUUUCUUCCCAUGAAAAUGUUUAAUGCAGUGACUGACUUGUAAAUGCCCGAGAGUAAUAAUUCUUUAUAAUAGCACAUUAGUCUCACACCCUUUCAACUGAUCCUUUGAGACUAUAUUCUGCUUUUUAAAUCAUUUUUCAUUCGAGUAACAUACAAUAUUACCAUUAUGGGGUCAGAAUACAUCUGCAUCAUUGCUAUCCUGAUAAAUAAUGUGUAAACUCUAGAUAUUAAAGAUUAGAGUUUAUUGUCAUUUUUCAGGGUAUAGGUACACACCCAAUGAAAUGCAGAACUGUAGGAACAUUUACAGUAUGUUGGGAAUGUGAGAAUAUUUACAGGUAUAACAAAUGAUUUUGUAUGUAAUCAUAGGGGGUAAAAUAUCAUCAGUUUAUGUCAGCUGGAACAGGCUCCAGCUCUCUGCAACCCCAACGAGGACAAUUAGUACAGAAAAGGGAUACAUGGGUGGUACAGUAUUAUCAACAUUUACAUUGGCUAGAAUAUGCACGGUAAUGGUAAAGACAAUGCCUGUGGAUGAGACAAACGAUAUUUAAAAAAAUAUUUGACUCUGUACUGUGACCAAAUAUGGAAAUCAUUGAGGAGUUUGAAGAGAGGAGAGAAAAGAGGACUAUAUGCAGGCAUCAAUGUACAAAGUACUUACUGUAUGUUUAAGGAGUUCUCAUAGGACAGUUGACUGUUUUACUUCCUAUACACAGUGUUUGCUUGUACGCGAAAUGAAGUAAUACACUGAUCCCAUUAU